AUGGUUUUCAUCCUUGGCCGAGCAGGCGAUGGCUGGGCGACCUCCGUGGUUCGCGUUGGUGCAUCUUCUGCCGGUUGUGGCUGGGACAUUCUAAAAGGUUGCGCCCUCAGCCUGGGGGGCUGUUUGUGCAGCUUCGGCCGCCUUAGCUUUCUUCAUCCUAGGAAAGUUGAUGGGCCUUUGGCAAGGUUGCUCUGGUUCCUUCGGUGGCAUGGUUGUUGCUACAUGCAAGGCAAGACCUCGAAACACAUUUCAUUCGAGUAUGCAAAAUUCAAUGCCAAACAGCCUGUGGUGGUGGAUGGAAAUUUCAAGUAUUACAAUCUCUUUGAUGCAAUGGUUGAUGCUGUUUAUGUGGCUUUGGAGAAGGUGAACGCAGGCAAUGUUUCUACUUACAUUUCGGGGACUGGUUGGGCGAGUGCUGGGAAAAAGCCUUACACAAGCAAGGAAAAUGCACGAAUUUACGAUCAAAAUCUUUACUCUCAUGUGUUAAGCGGAGGAACACCAAGAAGACCAGACAAUCUUUUGGAUGUAUUUAUUUAUGAAAUGUUCAAUGAGAAUAACAAAGAAUCCAGGGUAGAGCAGAACUUUGGAGUUUUCUAUCCGAACACCCUGCCAGUUUAUAAAUUUUUUUAG